ACCGGAAACCGGAAGUAGCGGAACUGUUUGCUGCUGCUCGUUGUUUCGGCUCCAUCAUCGUUGGACCACAGCUGCAGUCAUGGCGAGGAACGCGGAGAAGGCCAUGACGGCUCUGGCCCGCUUCAGGCAGGCUCAGUUGGAGGAGGGAAAAGUCAAGGAGAGGAGACCCUUCCUGGCUUCAGAGUGCAGCGAGCUUCCAAAGGCCGAGAAAUGGAGACGACAGAUCAUCAGUGAAAUCUCCAAGAAGGUUGCUCAGAUCCAGAAUGCUGGUCUCGGGGAGUUCCGGAUCCGGGAUAUGAACGAUGAGAUCAACAAGCUGCUGAGGGAGAAAGGUCACUGGGAGGUCCGGAUCAAGGAGCUGGGCGGACCCGACUACAGGCGGUUUGGGCCGAGGAUGUUGGACCACGAGGGGAAGGAGGUUCCGGGGAACCGCGGCUAUAAAUACUUUGGCGCUGCCAGAGACCUUCCUGGAGUCAGAGAGCUGUUCGAGACCGACCCCACCCCAGCCCAGAGGAAGACGAGGGGGGAGCUGAUGAAGGACGUGGACGCAGAGUACUACGGCUACCGGGACGAAGACGACGGCGUGCUGCUGCCGCUGGAGGCCGAGUACGAGAGGAAAGCCGUUUUGGAGGCGGUGCAGAAGUGGAGGACAGAGAAGGAAUCGCAUGUUCAGCAGGAGGAGGAGGAAGAGGAGAGCAUCUACACCGUCCACAACGAAGAGGCGGAGGAUGAGGAAAAUCGGGAGGAGACAGAGGGAGAGGAAGGAGUCGGCUUCAUCGCUCAUGUUCCGGUUCCGUCUCAGAAAGAGGUGGAGGAGGCACUGGUCCGGAGGAAGAAGAUGGAGCUGCUGCAGCGCUACGCCAGCGAGACGCUUCAGGCUCAAAGCCAGGAGGCCAGAACUCUGCUGGGACUCUGACCCAGUUCUGACCCGGUUCUGACCUGGCUGGUUCUGAUCCAGCUGGUUCUCACCCGUCUGUGUAAAUAUUCAGUUUUGU